AUGAAUUUGAGUUUGGUUAGAGCUGUUUGUCAAAACAUCUUUCAGGAAAUCAUAAAAGCACAGUAUGUCGCUCAUCGACCACAAGCUGAAUGCUUGGACGCUGCCAUCAAACAAUACUUGGACAAACCAAAGGAUGAGGUCAAAAUUAUCGAUUGUGGAGCUGGCACUGGUUUGUGUGGAGUUGAGCUUCACAAACUUGGCUACACUCACCUGUGUGCUUUGGACAUCUCACCUGAAAUGUUGAAUGAAGCAAAGAAGAAAAACGUUUACCAAAAGUUCAUUUGCGCUCCUCUUAACUGUGACCAGAGUCCUGAAGUUAACACUGGAGAAUAUGAUGCUAUGAUCUGCAUUGGCACGCUGUGUGCUGCGCAUGUCAAAGCAACUGCUCUGGUGGAAAUGAUUCGCAUGAUCAAGAUCGGUGGUCUUCUAAGCUUCAACAUUCGUUUGGGUGAGCUUGAACGGUAUCAGCCAAUGAUGGAAGAGUUAGAGAAAGAGGGAAAGUGGGUUAACGUAGCCAAGGAAACGAUUCCCCAGUACCAGAGUGAUGACAUGCCUAAAACCUCGUCAUUUUUUGUCUACAAAAUCCUGAAGCACUAGUGAGACUACUAACUAGAUAAUAGACGAACUAGACAAGAUUUGAUUACGAUAUUAUUAUUUUUUAAUGUGUACCAGGAGAUUAUAAACUUAUUAAUCUCUUGUGUCCACCUUGUGAGACUUAACGGCUGGAUUGAGCUGAAAUGUAACUCAGAUGUAACGAUCAGGGGAACAUCUUGAUCGA